CCUCCUCUGGUCCUUUUCGAAAGGCAACAGGAAGCAUGAAUCCAAGUGUUUGGAGCAAAGGCAUGUAUUCCUCCAGCAACAUUUGCCAACCAUCAUUUCAAUCUGCCCCUGUGCCGUCAAAUCCAGAUGUAUCGGGCGUUUCUGUGACUUUUCACAAAGACAGUGAGAAAGUGAAAAUGCUACGGGAGAGUGAUCAUUACAGCAGCGGUGAAGCUGGUUCAAGUUCGAUCUGUUCUGGCCAGCGGGACCUCAAUGCACCCAGAGACAGCACCACAAGAAGGCAGCCAUCCCCUGGAUCCAGUUCUUCUGGUCAUCGUGACUGGGACCUAAGCAGUGGCCGUCGAGCAAAGCGUGCCAGAGUGGAAAAUAUCAUCAAAGGCAUGAGCAGCUCUCCUGGUAUGCACUGCAAAGAUGUGAGGACAAAUCUGCAUGAGGAGACAGACUGCGUGCAGGAAGAUAAAAAGAUUCGAGAACUGCCUAUACAUCAGGAGCACAUCGAAAGAAGCGGGCCUAGGAGCAUGAGUCACAGCCAGGCAACAAGAAAGCAGCUUGAGAGUCAGCAGCAGCACCUCCGACAGCUCAGAACAAAGUUUAACCAUGUGGACAAACUAAGUGAAACUACAGACAGUAGUAAGGAGGAGAAAUGUCCCACCUGGAACGAUUCUCCUGACACAUCUACAAGGGAUGCAUUUACAGAUUCAUACAGUGAGUUUGAGAGCAGCUCAAGUAGACAAUAUCAAGGCUGGAAGAAGGUGAAGCUUAUGAACCACUGCCAAUCCAAACCUGAGAGAAUAAAGCUAAUGGCAGAUGUUUUAAAGUACAAACUGUCCAGAGCUGUCAGUAGGAGCGUUGACUCUGUUUUCAAAAGCCUGCCGCUUCUACAGACAUCACCAAACGACGAGGGGAGUGUAGGGACUGACGUGCCUCUACAGUCAUCAGUGUGUAAAGAUAAAAAAUUAAGACUUUCAUGUUGUGGGAAUGCAGAGGUGCAAGUCCCAGAUGUUCAAACCGAAGCUCUGUCUCUGGUUGUACAAAAGCCUCGUCCGGACAAGUUUAUCCUCCAGCCCAGACCGAGAGCUCACCAUCGCCCAAAACCUCCGGCCCCCUUCAGCCGUGACUCCGCUCUGCAUGACGGUCGGCCGUCACAGAAGAAUCAGAACACUACCCAUCAACAUGCCCUUAGAUGCUUGCAGGACGGACGCUCUGAAGUUGGCCAAGCAAAGUUUGAGAUGUUUGACACACACUGGAAUUUGGUCAAAGUGAGAUCGAAGGUCAACUCCAGAUCUGCAAGAAGCCCACAGACUCGUACUGUGUCGGUGGAUCCAGUGCUUUUAGAAAGCCUUCGCCACCCCCAUGUCAAGAUUGAGUCUGAUAGCCUGGCGAAGAACAACCUGUACGUGCUCAAUGAGGUUCUGACCACAAACCAUCUGAAGAAAGCAAAGCUUAUGUUCUUCUACACUCGCUACCCGAGCUCACUGGUACUGAAGAUGUGUUUCCAUGAUGUGCAGUUCACGCGCUGCAUCACCUCUCAGCUCAUCAAGUGGUUCAGUAACUUCAGGGAGUUCUACUACAUCCAGAUGGAAAAGUUUGCCCGCCAUGCCCUCAUAGACGGAGGGGCUGACAUGAGGGAUCUGACUGUGGGGAGAGAAUCAGAACUUUUCAGAGCUCUUAACAUGCACUACAACAAAGCCAAUGACUUCCAGGUCCCUGACAGAUUCCUUGAAGUUGCCGAGAUCACACUGAGAGAAUUUUACAUUGCCAUUUCAAUGGGCAAAGAUCGUGAUCCAUCCUGGAAGAAAGCAAUCUACAAGGUGAUCUGUAAACUGGACAGUGACGUACCAGCUGAAUUCAAAAGUCAUCACUCUGGAUAAAAGCCAACCAGAAGACAUCAUGUGUCACAGAUGUUACUGUCACAAUGUGGACUUACUCAUGCCUUUCUGAGCAAACUGUUUUGUUUUUAAUGACUAGCACACUACUGUAAAUCAGGCAGGUUAUCUGGUUAGUAUAGUACAGUGAAGUUAACAAAAAAUAUUGCAUUAAAUGUUUAGGGAUUAAAACCAUUUUAUACACAUUUUCAGAGGUUCAUAAGUAAUUGGACAAACCAACAU